UAAAUAGCAGUGUUCAAAACGUAGAACUGUACUGACAGCAUAAAUUCGCUGAGUGAUGGACAACUUUUCUGACAGUGAAGAAGAGAACGAAGAAGUGGGAUCUUGCUAUGAUUUCACCAAGAAGACAUGGCGGGAUGAUGUAACAUUCCUUGUGGAAGACCAGCACCUUUAUGCAACAAAGGCAGUGCUGGCCAUGGUUUCAUCCGUGUUUGAGGCUAUGUUUGGGACAAACUUCAGGGAAAGAGACGAGAAAGAAGUGCCCUUGCCAGGUAAAAGGUUUGAAGACUUUAAUGAGUUUCUCCAAUGCAUUUAUCCCACAUCACAGAAGAAGAUAGAUGAAGAAAAUGUGUACAAAGUCCUUCCUUUAGCAGAUGAAUAUGAUGUGAAGUCUUUGAUAAAAAAAUGUAAGCGGUUCCUCAGUUUCCACCUAGUAAAUGACCGACUGCCAACGGAAGAGGUGAUUCUUUGUCACAGAUUAGCAACUCGGCAUAAAUUCCAGAGCCUAAGGAAAGUGUGUGCAACACGGCUGUCAGACGUAGGACUGAAGGAAAUAGAAUCUUCAGCAGUUGGUGUGAGUGAUACGGAGACGCUUCUACAAAUACACAAGGAUAUUUUGAAACAGCAAGGUGAAACUUUGGAAGAGAUGCGCACAGAACUGGUAAAUAUAUACAUGAACAAAGAUUUAUCAGGGCCGGAACUGCCUUCAGUCUCGGAUGCCAAAGGCUCAAUCAUCAAAUUUAAGCCGAACAUAAAUUCGGUUGAUGAGCAGGGGAAUGUAUAUAGUAACCCAGUUACACUUUGGGAUAUCACCUUCAGGGUUCAUAUGAACGUGACUGGCAAUCAAAGCGAGAAAGAAAUAAAAUUGUUCUUAAAUUCAACGUUUCCCCGAAAUAACAGGCUCGUUGUUUGCAGAGUUAAUGCGAAAUAUUGUUUGAAAUGCUCUGCCAGACAAGGUCCGCAGCACUUGAAUUAUUUUAGAUUGCCAGACAUUGAGUUUUCGGACGAAAGGCAGUCUUCAGGAUUAAUUCGUCUAAGUACACUGUCUUAUCUUACUACUGAGGGUUUUGCCGAUAAUGGGACACUGGAUAUUGUUGUUUAUUUGAUGUCCAAAAAACCUUCUGUUAGAGAUUGAAAGCGCCAGGUUAGUGUCAAGGACAUACGUGUUUUAGAUACAAGGUUGAAUAUUUUGACUAAAUAUAUGGUUUAAUGAGGUCAAAAGAAUGCCAAAAGAAAUUACUUUUGUGUUCGGCAUGAUAGUGAUUUUGAUUUUAAGCUCACCUGAGCACAAAGUGCUUGGGAUGAGGUAUUGUGAUCGAUCACCGACCGGCGUCCGUCCGUCCGUCCGUCGUCUGUCCACUUUUUCCUUUAAACAACAUCUCCUAAACCACUAGACCAGUUUUGAUGAAAUGUUCCUUUGAUGGUAUUCUUUAAAAUAUUUUCAAAGGAUUGAAUUUCAUACAGAACUCUGAUUGCCAUGGCAACUGAGAGGAAAAACUUAGAAAACCUUCUUGUCCAAAACCACAGGUCCUAGGGCUUUGAUAUUUUGAAUGAAGCAUAAUCUAGUGGUCUUCUACUAAGGUUGUUCAAAUUAUCCCCCUAGGGUCAAAUAUGGCCCGCCCAGUGGGUCACAUGGUUUACAUAGACUUCUGUAGGGAAAAUUUUGAAAAUCUUCUUGUCUAUAACGACAGGGUUAGGUCUUUUUAGGUAUGUAGCAUCAGCUAGUGGUCCUCUACCAAGAUUAUUCAAAUUAUCACCCUAUGGUCGAAUAUGGCCCCGCCCUGGGGGUCACAUGGUUUAUAUAGACUUAUAUAGGGAAAAAAACUUUGAAAAUCUUCUUGUCCAAAAGCACAGGACCUUGGGCACUGGCGCCAGACCAGAAAGAAAAUGCCUCUGUACAUGUUAUACCCUACCCUUAGGUAUUCUAUAAGAACCGUGGUCAUGAAGGGGAAAUAUACCCGUUUCAAUCGUACAUUUCUCAACUUAAACGCGCUGUUCGGUGGAAGGGUACCUAGUAUAUUGAACAAGCAAUAAUUUAUCUUCAAACGUGCACCAGUCACAUUGUCUCAAUAUUCCAUUUUGCUGAGAUUAUCAACAUAUUUUAUGCUUUCGUCAGCGUUACAGAAAAAACUUGCGUGACGUUUCCUAAUGAACAUCCGGUCUAGAGAUCACGGCAGCGUGCACAUGUUAGGCGAAACGUAAACAAACAAAAACAGAAUUUAAAAAAAAAUCACAAUUUUACACUAAAUGAAAUCAUCUUUGAUAUGAUUUUUAAUUUGAAAUCAUACAUUGUUCUACAUCUGUUCUGUUUAUUUUAUUCAUUUUGCACAUUUAUGCUGCAUUUUCACGUAUUAGCGAACACUUAAUUGUAGUAAAAUGACGAUUGACAUACAUUUUCACAACAGCUAAUCAAAAUGGUUUUGUAAUCUAGAACGGUACUUCACCAGGGAAGGUCAAGCAAGUUUUUUGUGUAACAUGAAAAACUAUAAACUACGCGUUGUUUUUGUAAGAUAAGAAAUAUUGAAGAAAUGUGACCGGUACUCAAUGGAAGAUAAAUUACCACUUGUUUGAUAUCCAUAGUACACAUUUACCGAACUGCGUGCUUUAGGUAUGAAAUGCGCGAUUGAAACGGGUUAGUAUAUUUUCCCGUUCAUGACCAUGGUUCUUACAGAAUAUAAUACAGAAGGGUAUAACAUGUACAAGGGCAUUUUCUUUCUGGUCUGGCGCCAGUGACCUUGGGCUUUGAUAAUAAUAAUAAAUUAAUAAUAAUAAUGAUAAUAAUAAAAUCUUUAUUUAAUGAAAGUAACAUACAAAGUGUACAUAACAUGAAAAUGAAACGUAAACUUAUUUUCAAUAUGGCCUAAAGUUAACAACAACAACAGUACACAUGUAUACAAACAUUUACGAUAAAUUUCAUAUUUAAAGAGUAUAUAUAUAUAUAUAUAUCAAUGUAUUAAAUACGAUUAGAAGCUUCCCAUUCAUCCAUCCGACAGACACUCACAUAAUUAUAAGACUGUUAAAGAGAAAAAACGAACAACAGCAAAACAAAAUAAUAAUAAAAUAACUGUAAUUAUAUAAUUAUUUUAAGCACUGGACUGUAACAUGAACAAAUCUCGUUUGAUAUUAUUUUUGAAUGUUUGUAAUGUAUUUGAUAUUUGGUAUGUAGCAUCAUCUGUUGGGCCUCUACCAAGAUUGUUCAAAAUAGCCCCCGCCAGCAUCAAAUAGGGCCCCGCCCUGCGGGUCACAUAGUGUACAUAGACUUAAAUAGGGAAAACUUGAAAAUCUUCUUGUCAGAAACCACAGGGCCCAGGGCUUUGAUAUGUGGUAUGUAGCAUUGUGUAGAAGUUUUUAACAAGACUGCUCAAAUUAUACCUUGGAGUUAAAACUAGCUCCACCCGUGAAGGGGGGCACAUGGUUUAAAUAGACUUGUGUCGGGUAAAACCUUUUAGAAUUUUUAAAAGAAUUCUUGUUGAAGUACAGGAUAGAAAUUUGGACCACCUGUUUACUUUUUGAUACAGAUUUCAAUACUCACAUUGUAUAGUCUUAAUCAUGACUUACUGACCUACUUCCGUGUGUUUGAAGGUACAGCUACAUGUAUAAUAUUUGAUGCAGAUUUCAAUACUCAUCUUUAAUAUUGUUAACCCUGACCUACUGACAUACUUUCUUGUUUUUAAAGCUACAGCAAAGAGAUUUGGACAAUCUUUAUAAUUUUUAAACAUACUUCAGUAGUUAUCUUGAAUAAUCUUUACCAUGACCUACUCACCUAGAUUUUUUUUCUGACUGAAGCUUUAGCAAAUAAAUUUGUUCAAACAAGCAACUAAACUCAAGUGAGCGAUAUAGGGCCAUCAUGGUCCUCUUGUUGUUUGCUUGUAUUGUUGCUUUAUUUAAAGCUGAAUUAUAACUAAAUAGUUCA